GACAUAGUCAUCUGUCUACGAGAAAAAUCCUGACCGUCCGUUUAAAUUCACCUAGCGGGAAAGCAUAAAAAAUAUCAAUGCGUCCUCCAACUGUUAUGCACACACCAUAAGCAUAGUGCGCGCGUGUAUCCUACAGAGAGAUAGAGGGUUUCUCUCUAUUGGAUUAAUGGCACCCAAGAAACGAAGAGUCGCGGAGGAAGAACCACGAAAGCCCAAGUUGCCAAUGAGGGUGACUCGGAGCGCGGCUAAGCGAGCGGUCAAUACAAACUCGGUUGACUUCGUGUCUGAGGCGCCCCGGACCGACGUACCGAAGAAGAAGAAGGCCAAGAAGGUCGUGAACAAAGAAGAGCAAGGGAAUGAAAUUUCGAAAGCGGCGAAGACGAAGACCAUAGUGAUUGAGCACUGCAAACAAUGCAAUUCAUUCAAGACAAGGGCCAUUAGGGUGAAAGAAGGUUUGGAGAAAGGUGUUUCUGGUAUCACAGUGCUCGUCAAUCCCAAUAAGCCGAGAAAGGGUUGCUUUGAAAUAAGGGAGGAUGGUGGUGAGACUUUCAUCAGUCUUCUGGACAUGAAGCGACCAUUUGCACCAAUGAAGGCUCUGGAGAUGGACAAAGUCAUCUCUGAUAUUAUUGACAAGAUCAAAUGAUAACCAAGUACUUGCAUGUGGAUUUUGGCGUUUGCCGUGACAGUGAUUUUGGUGUAGUACUAGUACUACGCGAAGUUAACCGUGUUAACUUCCUCUUAUGGUAGAAACCUUAUUACUAAUAUCUGUUCAUUCGCUAUACUAUUUUCCAGUAGUACUAACAUUGUGAGCUGUGAAGAUGAGGGUACUUAGACAUUGACCGUCAUUCUGGAUUUUGUCGACUGGGUGAGGUGAUGCAUACAGGUUAGGCCCAUUUAACAAUUUGAUUGUCGUAACAGCACCUUUUUGUUAGUGCUUGAAAGAAGCAAGUUGCCUUCAUGGUAAAAGAAUUACCAAAAUCGCACUUCCAUGGA